AUGACUCAUGAACAGCAAGAAAUGCUUACUAUGGAAAGACCAGUUGACAAAGUUGAUAUCUGUAUUGUCGGCGGUGGUCCAGCUGGAUUAGCUGCUGCAAUUAAAUUCAAACAACUGGAUAAUGAACGUGGUAAUGGAGAUUUGAGAGUUGUUGUUUUAGAAAAGGCACCUGACAUGGGAUCACAUAUUGUUUCUGGUGUCAUUUUAGAGCCAAAAGCCCUAAGAGAAUUGUUCCCAGAAAGUGAAUACUACGACGAGAACGGUGAAGGAAUUCCGUUGCCUGAGGAGCUUGUGACUAAAGUUGAAAGCGAACAGUUGAAAUAUUUGAUGGGAAAUAUGGCCUUCCCAGUACCUGAACCACCUCAGAUGGUGAACAAAAACAAAAACUAUAUUGCGUCAUUGUCUCAAGUUGUCAGAUAUUUGGCAGAACAGGCAGAAGAACUAGGAGUUGAGGUCUUUCCUGGUAUAUCUGUUUCCGAAGUUAUCUAUGGGGAAGAUGGGAAAUCUGUGCUUGGUGUUGCUACGAAGGAUAUGGGUAUCUCAAAGACAGGUGAACCAAAGGACACUUUUGAAAGAGGUAUGGAAUUCCAUGCCAGACAAACUUUCUUUGCUGAAGGUUGUCACGGAUCCUUAUCCAAAGAAGUUAUCAACAAGUUCAAGCUAAGAGAAGGUAGAAAUAAUCAAACUUAUGGUCUAGGUAUCAAAGAAGUUUGGGAGGUUAAACCUGAAAAUUUCCACAAAGGUUUUGUUGCACACACUAUGGGAUACCCAUUGAGUAAUUAUGUCUACGGUGGUGGUUUCAUGUAUCAUUUUGGCGAAGGCUUAGUCACUGUUGGUUUGGUGGUAGGUUUGGAUUACAAGAACCCAUAUGUGUCACCAUAUCAAGAAUUCCAAAAGAUGAAGCAUCAUCCAUACUACAAAAAGAUACUAGACGGAGGUACUUGUAUAUCAUAUGCAGCAAGAGCUUUGAACGAAGGUGGGUUACAGUCAGUUCCAAAGUUACACUUCCCUGGUGGUUGUUUGAUAGGUGCUUCAGCAGGUUUCAUGAACGUUCCGAAGAUUAAGGGUACCCACACUGCAAUGAAGAGUGGUAUGCUAGCUGCUGAAAAGGCAUUCGAAGAAAUCAUUAAACUACCUUCACUCUCUGAACUAGAAGAAAGUGAAACAGAACAGCUUGUAGAAAAACCAAUCAACUUAGUAUCGUAUGAAACAGCUUUCAGGGAAUCGUGGAUAUAUCAAGAGCUAAAUGAAGUUCGUAAUAUUAGACCCUCAUUUGGAAAUCCAAUAUUGGGCGGAUAUGGUGGUAUGGUAUAUUCUGGUCUUGAAUCUUUUAUCCUAAAAGGAAGAGUCCCUUGGACUUUUAAUCAUCAUGCUUCUGAUGCAACCUUAACAAAACCAGCUGACCAAUGUAAACCAAUUGACUAUCCAAAGCCUGAUGGAAAAAUUUCGUUCGAUAUUUUGACUUCGGUUUCAAGAACUGGUACAUAUCAUGAUGAUGACGAAAAGUGCCACUUGAGAGUUCCAGAACAAGAUCUUGAAAAGCAUGCAAAAGAGGCUUAUCCUAAAUGGAAGGGAAUUGAGUCCAGAUUCUGCCCUGCCGGUGUGUAUGAAUAUGUGGAGGAUGAAGCGUCACCAUUAGGAGUGAAGUUCCAAAUUAACUCUCAAAAUUGUAUUCAUUGCAAAACUUGUGACAUUAAGGUUCCAACUCAAGAUAUCAAUUGGGAAGUUCCUGAAGGUGGUGAUGGUCCAAAAUAUACCAUUACCUAA